AUGGAGCGUCCGACAAGCACCGCCAACCUUCCCCACGAUGUUUGGACUUUAAUUGCCGCGAAGACCGCAGCACAAUCUGUCAGAGACUUGUGCAGUCUCAGGAUGUCGUGCACCGCUGCACGCAAUGCAGGGGAUGAGGAUUUUGUAUACCGAUGCGCCUCGAUUCCAAUUUUGGACCAAUGGUGGUGGAGUGUGAGUCCCAUGCACCAACAGGGAAGGAACUUCUUAGCACGAUGCAGGCAGAGCGGGCACUUGGAAAUUCUGUUUCGGGAUGCUGUGUCUGACCUUUUCCUCGGUGGGUGUCAUUUUGCGGGGAUGGAAACGAUGCACGCUGUCGCAGCCCACGGCCAUUCGGCUGCCCAGUACACAGUGUCAAUGAUGCUGAUGCUAGGUGAUGACAUCGAGGCAAAGAACAAGGGCUUGGAAACAUUUCGUGGGCUUGAGGCGGCCGGCUCCCUAACAAUCUGCAAAUUGGUGUUUCGAGAUGUUAUCCAAGGGUCGUGGACACAUCUGCGUCACGUGCCAGUGCUAAACGGAGAGAAUCUAGUUUGUGUUUCGCAUGCAUGUCCAAGCCGUGGAAACAUGGGUGCUAUUUACCAUCAUCAACGCUAUGGAAGAGGGUGGCACGUAAACGAUGGUGAUGGAGGUGCUGCUCAUAUUCCGUGUGUGCAUUGUCGGGCAGACUAUGAGUUGAUCCUGUUUGUCCACCUCUUUGACUCAUAG